CUGACUACUGAUAAUGAUAAAUAAAAACAACACGUUUUUUAGUUCAGGAAUAAACAACAUGGAAAACUGUAUAGAAAGUAAAGCAGGAAAAUUAUUAUUACCGUCUCCGGUAUUUUUAUCCAAAAAGAUACCAUCCCCAAAUUUUUCAAAAUUUGAAAAUAAUCCCCCGGUAAAGGAAAAUAAAUUUUCACCGACAAUUCCUACUAAAUAUUUGGAGAAAUAUAAGUGUCACAUCGAGAAAUACAAUCAAAAAUUCAAAGAAAAAUACAAUAAUGGGAUCAAGAAGGAUUUCAGUAAAAAGAAUUUGUGUAAAUAUUGUGAUACGUCAUUUUGUAAUCUAGAAUUAUUCAAUAAACACAAAAAAGAUUAUGAAAAUUGUUCUGUAAAUGGGUGCUGUUUUAAAGGUUGUUCUAAUUCAAUAGCAAAACAUGUUGAAGAGCUGCAUACUACUGGUCUAUACGACAAAAUCAAAAAUCUUAACACUCCAGAAGAAAUAGCCAAAUGGAGAGAAGACAGACGAAAGCGUUACCCAACAAUAGCAAAUGUUCUGUUAAGACAGAAAGCACAAGAAGAGCGAAGAAAAAGAGGAGAAGUCUUGGAAAAUAAUAAGUCAAGGUUUGGUUCAAAAAAUGAUAGGAGAAAGAUGAAUAGUGGGGUGAGAAAUAAUCUUAAAAGGGAAAACAAUUCCGCUGGAUUUAAUCAACCCAAAUUCAAAAGAACAAAAAUUACAGAAAAAGAGGAGCCAACGAAUCAAAGAGAAAACCAUGCCGUUGGUUCUAAUCAACAAAAAAGCAAAAAAAUAAAAGUUACAGAAAAAGAGGAUUCCUCGAAAAAUAACGCAAAUCACAGGGGUGAUAAUAAAACAUGCAAUGAAGCUAAUGAUGCUCCUGAAAUAAGUAUUACAUCUGAUGAAGAUGAGCCAGUAAUUAGUUCUCUACCACCAUUUAAAGGUACAUCGAGUAUUUCAAAUUAUAAAAAAGUAGGGACCAGCAAAAAAAUUCAAACUAAUGCUUUAUCCGGAUUGUUAGGAAUGUAUGGUGAAUCCUCUGAUUCGGAACACAUUUCUUCUGAAUCCGAAUCUGACAAUGAAACGAAUAAAUGUUUGGAAAAAACGUGCACUUAUAAUACCUUAACGUGCUCCAGUAAAACGGACAAUGUCGAAGAAGAUGUAAGAGAAAACGUAAAAGAAAUAUUUCCAAUUAACAAUUCGAUUGUAAAGUCUAAAAACAAUUUUUGUAAUUUGAAUAACAAAAUAGAAAAAACUCCUGCUACUGAAAUUGAAAAAAUUUUAGAGCAUAAUUCUCAUGAACAAAUUAGUGAAAAUAAUAUUUUUCCUAACCAAUGUUUUUCCGAAAACGGUUCAAACCUUCCAAAAGAGGAGCUACCUGAUAGUUCCAAAGUUAUGCUCAAUCCCGAAGAAGAUGAUGAUGCUCCAGAGGAACAGCCGAUAUUAAGAACGGAAAUUUCAGAGUUAAAAGCAUUAGAAAUACGUACAAAUAAAGUAACGGUUAACAAUUUUCAAGAUGCUAGUGAAAAGAAACCAAAUGAAAAUCGAUCACAAAAAUCAAAACUUCAAAGUAAAGUUCGACAAGUUGGACAUUUGUUAGAUUAUUCUAAAUUAUAUAAAGCUAACCAAAAUACAUUGUUAGAGAAAUUGCUCGAGCCGCACAUUAGACAUGAAAGAAACGUAUUGCUUCAAUGUGUUAGAUAUGUUGUUGAAAAUAAGUUCUUUGGGAUUGGACAACAGUCUGAAAAAUAAAAUAAUUGUACAAAUUAAAAUUAUUCUUUUUAUUUUCACAUACAUAAUAUUUAAAUAAAUCAUCCAUUA